AUGGGUGGCCUGGCUGCGGCCAUCGCAAUUGUCCGAGCAGGAGCAAGAGUCACCUUGCUGGAGGCUGCCAAAGAGUUGGGUGAGAUUGGAGCUGGAAUCCAAGUCUUUCCGAACGUCUCUCGUCUCCUUAUCCGGUGGGGAGUGGACGAGCUCAUUGGGAGGAACCUCGUCCUGGUCGAUGAGAUCAAUACCUGGAGCGCCGACAACCAGUUGAUAGCGCGUUUCGAUCCAAAAGUGGGCGCAAGACAGGCAGGAUUCCCCCACUGGCUCGUCCGAAGAGACCAUUUGCAUGCAGGACUCACCGAAUGCGCCCGCCGCCACGGUGUCGAGUUGAUUGUCGGGUCGCGGGUUGAGAUACUUAAGCACUCCAAUGACUCUGUCACAGUCACAACAACCCAAGGUGUCGAGCAUACAUUUGACCUGCUAGUUGGAUCUGAUGGUAUCAAGUCCACCAUUCGGCAUGCAUUGUUCCCAGGUGUGGUUCCGCAAGCUGCAUCGACAGUUGCUGCAUUCCGUGGAAUCCUCUCCUACGAAGAAGUCUUUGCCAAGGUACCAGAGGCAAGGCAACUCCUGAGAAACAGCAUGGACGGUUGGAUCGGUCCGAACGGUUACAUCUUGCUGUACCCAUUGACGGCAGGCACCGAGUUAAAUGUCGUAACACUUUUCCAGAUGGACCAUAUUGUGAAAGUCCCCGAAGUCAUGGAGCUCGGCGAAUUUCGCAAGCUAUACAGGGACUGGAACCCUAUCGCUCGUGAGAUCCUCGAGCUGGUCAAUUACACACAAAAAUGGCCGUUGCUUGUGUUACCUCCGAUGAAGACAUGGUCGAAUGAACACAAAAAUGUCGUCCUACUUGGCGAUGCAGCUCACUGUAUGCAGAACCACAUGGCGCAAGGGGCGGCAACCGCUAUGGAAGACGGCGCUUUCCUCGGCACCGUCAUCGGCGAAGUCGUUCGUGGUAUGAUCAGCCUGCCUGAAGCGACUGACCUGUACGAGAAAAAAAGGAUUCCACGGGCCUGGGUGAAGCAACAAGCCUCAUUCGUGUCCGGCACCAUCAAUAUGGCUGUGAAUGAGGCUGCAGAGAGGAGAAACAAGGCCUCUGCUCCGGAGGUCAAAUGCUGGGACAGAAACGUCGUCCACCCAAGCGACCUGUUGCCUCCCACUUACCGGUCGUGGCAGAUGUAUUGUGCUCCUGCAAGUGUGCCAGGAAUACUAUAUUAUGACCCGGAGGGGGAUGCUGACAAUGCGGUCUGUGAGUACUUGCAAAGUAAGACGGAAAUGGACCCAACCACUCUAGUUACCAAAGGCCUCUGGGAGAAAUGGUGGGGAGUCAUUGACAAUAACGGGAUCGGGGCAGACGAAGAGAGGUCGGCGGAGGCUGAUCGGGAGUUGACUCAGAUCUGA